AUUAACAGAAUCAUUUGCGAGUAAAGUAAAAAAAAUUAUUGGGACGUUAAUUUUGCUGCCAUAAUUUGGCAAAUAUUUAAUUAUAAUUAACACAUAUGCAAAGACUGGACAGCGACAAAAGUUGUGUUGUUGCCGCUGCUUCUGUAGCUGCUGCCCUGCCGCCGAUCGGGGUACGUUUUUUAAGCCCAUUCAGCCGCAGUUUAGGCGAGGGGGGCGAAGGAGUUGUGCAUGCCUGUGUGAAUUGUUGAGGCGUGCUCUGGCGGCCCCAACUAAAUAAUGUGGAACAUGAUGUGCGACGUAAUGCCCACUAUUUCGGAAGAUAGCAUAUCGCAGCGUUCCUCCCAGUUCAGCGGCGAAGAUGCCAAUUUUGAGCAGCUUAUGGUCUCCAUGCUCGAUGAGCGGGACAAGCUUAUGGAUAGUUUGCGCGAGGCGCAAGAACGUCUUGGAGAGACUGAGGUCAAAUUGCAUGAUGUGGAAAAGGAGCGGGACAGUUUGCAAAGGCAGAUCAAUGCCAAUCUUCCACAGGAAUUUGCCACUUUGACAAAGGAGUUAACUCAGGCCCGCGAAACUUUAUUGGAACGCGAUGAGGAAAUUGGCGAGUUGAAAGCAGAACGCAAUAAUACCAGACUUCUCCUAGAGCAUCUGGAAUGCUUGGUAUCCCGACAUGAGCGCUCCCUGCGCAUGACUGUAGUGAAAAGACAAGCUGCAGCUCAAAGUGGCGUCUCCAGUGAGGUGGAGGUGCUCAAGGCUUUAAAAUCUCUGUUCGAGCAUCACAAGGCCUUGGAUGAGAAAGUGCGUGAACGUUUGCGUUUGUCCAUUGAGAAGAAUAAUGUGUUGGAGGAGGAGUUGACCACCACCAAAGACGAACUAACGCAAUAUAAGACCGGUGCACUGCAGCGUGGUGAUGGAGGUGGAAGUGGAACUGGAACAGGGAGUGGCGCGGGUUCUGGUCCAGGGGGAGUGGGCAAUGAGAAUGGGCUUAAGGAAAAGAUGACCGGGGGAGCUGCAGGCGUCAAUGGCGAUGCCAAUGAGCUAAAUGAUUAUGCGGCCAAAACACAUGAACUGCAAACCAUUAUUGAAAAGCAGACAUCGGAACUUUCUCAAUGGCAGCGUCGUGUCUCCGAUUUGAAUAACAAAAUCAAUGAACUGGAAGAAAAUAUGUCGCGUGUCCAGAAAGAUCAUUGCAAGGCCCAAGAUCAAUGCUCAAAAUUGCAACGUGAUCUACGUGAGAAUGUGGCUCAAAAGGAAGAUCAGGAGGAACGCAUUGCCACGCUGGAGAAGCGAUAUCUGAAUGCUCAGCGAGAAUCCACGUCAUUGCAUGAUCUUAAUGAGAAACUGGAACAAGAGUUGAGGCAUAAAGAGGCCCAACUUAAGCUGCAUGAAGAGAAAAUCAGCGCAAUUGAAGAGAAAUUGGAACUCUCCGAACAGAAAUUGGCCCAACAUGCCAAACUCCAGCCGGAUAUGGAAGAGCAAUUGAAGGCGCGCAUGGAGGCAUUGACUAAGGUAGGAAAUAAGGCUCAGGAAAGACAUGGGUCAGCUGAGGAUCGCAUACGAGGAUUGGAGAACAAUCUGGAUGAAAAGACCGCUGAAGUUGUUAGACUCAAUCAACGUCUUAAAAUGAAUGAGGAGCACAACAUACGCUUAUCCUCGACAGUGGAUAAAUUGCUAUCCGAGUCCAAUGAGCGCUUGCAGGUCCAUCUAAAGGAGCGUAUGCACGCCCUGGAUGAGAAGAAUGCUCUCACGCACGAAUUGGAGAAGGCUCGCAAGGUGGCCGAAGAGCUGCAUCAUGAGAAGAGUGAAAUUAUGAAGGAAUUGUCCAAGACCCGAUUGGAGAUUGAGAAUUUCAAGCGGCAGCUGUUGCAGCAAGAGAUUGCCUACAAUAUCCAGCAGACAGAAGCCCUGACGCGAAGUCUAUCGCCGAGCAGCGUUGAUCCCAGUGGUGGAGCUUUCACGAGGAGUGCCUCACAUGCUAGCUUUGAGACGCACUCUCUGCGCAGACCAAGCAAACAAUCGAGAAUGUCAGAGGAGAAUGCUCUGGCUCGCUCAAUCACUGAGCAGGAAUGGGAGAAAUUGCAGCAGGCGGCGCAUGCUCAGCAGCAGGCAUAUGAGCUGGUGGCGGCAAGUGCUGCUGCUGGCGUGGAUUGCGACGAUAGUGAUGUUCUAUAUGCGGCAGCAACGGCAGAUAUGAUGUCGCCUUCGGGGCAUACAGAUGCCCAGACAUUGGCCAUGAUGUUGCAGGAGCAACUGGAUGCCAUUAACAACGAGAUACGCUUAAUACAAGAGGAGAAGCAAUCGACUGAGGCGAGGGCCGAGGAGCUGGAAUCGCGUGUGGGCAGCUUAGAGCAUGUAAAUCUCUUGGCACGAGGGCGCUCUAUGGACAGACAAAGUCCGCCCAUGAGCGGGAGGAGUACUCCAAAUAGUCCGCAAAGGGAUUUCAUGCAAAAGUAUCAUACGCUCAACUUGCCAGUGCUAUCAAGUGAUGCCUCACGAGAGGAAUUGCAUGGUGGCAUGUCUACAACCGGAGAUUCUAGUUCCGGAGGAGCUGCCUCUCCUCUAACUGCUCGGUCUAUGCGCCUGGAGCGUGUGGCUCAGGCAUUGGCUCACAGUCAAGAAGAGCUGCGACGUCGUUCCAUAGGAUUAGCUCCAAAUAAUCCUGUAGCCCCGAAUCAUACUGGUUCCCAUAUGCCUCUAAGCAGUCACAAUUAUGGCUUGUCACCACUUAGCUCUCGCUACGGCAGUCAGGAGUCACUGCGUCAUUACAAUACCAUGGGUUCAAUGUCCAUGCUGCAAACACCCACCUCGGGUGUCUCACGAGAUGCAGCCGCUGCGGCAGUCCAAAAGAAAAAGGGCAUUAAGUCUUCUCUGGGCCGAUUCUUUAGUAAAAAAGAGAAGGUCAAGGGGGUCAAGGAUACGCUACCCGAUGGUUCUCCAAGUAUGAUGUCCAUUGGCAAUCUUUCGAUUGGUCUAAGUGAAGUGGAUUCUCAAUACGAUGCCAUGAGCAUGACGGGCGGCAUGAUGCCAAGAAUUGCCAGUGCUCAGGGUUCUAAGAUAAGCAGCGUCGACUAUGGCAGGCAAAAGAAAGAACAUGACUAUCGCAAUGAUUUGCUGGGAGAAGCCAUGAAGGCGGGCACACCAUUUGCCUUGUGGAACGGACCCACCAUUGUUGCCUGGCUGGAACUUUGGGUGGGCAUGCCUGCCUGGUAUGUGGCUGCAUGUAGGGCAAAUGUUAAAUCCGGGGCCAUUAUGAGUGCAUUAAGCGAUACUGAAAUCCAGAGAGAAAUAGGCAUUAGUAAUCCUUUACAUAGGCUCAAAUUGCGCCUAGCCAUACAAGAAAUGGUUUCACUGACCUCUCCCUCAGCCCCGCAAACGUCACGAACCACUUUGGCCUUCGGCGACAUGAAUCACGAAUGGAUAGGUAACUAUUGGCUGCCUGGUUUGGGUUUACCGCAAUAUCGCACAACGUUUAUGGAGUGUCUGGUCGAUGCUCGCAUGUUAGAUCAUUUGACCAAGAAAGAUUUGCGCGGUCAACUCAAGAUGGUCGAUAGUUUUCAUCGCACCAGCUUGCAGUAUGGCAUUUCUAUGCUAAAACGCUUAAACUACGAUCGGACUGAGCUGGAGCAUAGACGAAAGAUGAGCGAAAAUGGCUUGUGUGAUGUCCUAGUAUGGAGUAAUGAGCGUGUGAUACGCUGGGUGGGGAGCAUAGGACUUAAGGAAUAUGCCAACAACUUGCUCGAAUCGGGUGUGCAUGGCGGCCUGAUGGCUUUGGAUGAGAGUUUCGAUGCAAAUGCCAUGGGCUUGGCCCUGCAAAUUCCCACGCAAAAUGCUCAGGCUCGCCAAAUACUGGACACAGAGUUCAAUAAUUUGCUACAAAUUGCCACAGAUCGGAGGCCCGAGAAUGAACAGCGUAGUGCAUCCUGAUGCAGUUAUAGUCCGCCCACAACAUUGGUGGAUGAGUAAAGAUGAUGAUGAUGAUGCAGAUGAUGAAGAUGAUGAAUUCAAGAAGAUCAGAAAGAAACCUACAAAAGACCAGGGGCAAAUUUUUUCCUACAGACAAAACAAAACAAAUGAAAAAAAAAACAAAAAGUUGAAUCAGCAACAACUGAGCCACAAAAUUCUAACAAGAAAGACGCAACGCAAGAGACUCUCCCCCAGCAUGAUGCACGUCUAAUCUUUAUAUAUAUAAAUAUUAUAUAUAUAUAUAUAUAAUACACGCAUAGUCAUAUAAUCCAUAACAAGACAAUGUAUACAAGACAUAGCACAUACAUAUAUAUAUAUAUAUAUAUCAUAUAUAUACUCUAUAUAGGACAUACAUACGUAGUUUGCAUGGGCGCCCUGUACAAGUUUUAGAAGCUAAUCCAUAAUUAUUUUGAUUGUACAUUUUUUAUUUGUUGUUUUAACAAAGUGACAUACAUAAUUAGUGUAAUUUAGAGUUGGUGUUUCUAGUUCGAACUAAUUCUCUGUACGUCAGGAUAUUUAGUUCGUUUAGUGCAAUAUUUAACUGAAGGCUCUAUAAUUAAAAAAAAAAAUUGUCCAUCGAUGUUAGGUUUUAGGUAUAAACCAAUUUUUUCCAUUUUUUUUUUUUUGAUACAAAACACUGCAAAUUAAAGAUAUUUAUACAAAAGCUUACAGCAUGAUUAUGAUUAUUCAGAUUGGAUAUACGAUACUAUAAUUUUAUUGUUCACUUUCGCUCUUAUUGGCAUUUUUUUACUAUAUCAUAUAUAGUAUGAUUGGUACUAGACCAUGAAAUUUAGUGCAAACAUAUUUGAUUUGUUUUUAAUGCAUUUGGUUGUCAUUUGUCUGAUAUAAUACCAAAUGAUGUUGCCAAUUUUGAUCAAAAUAGUUUGAUUAUCGAUAUAUCAUAUAGGAAUGAUUGGUACAAAACGCUAGUAUUAGAUUUAGUAGAACAAGUUACGGUAAUGGAACUUGAAUUUUGCAAAGGGUUAAGGGCCAAAUUUCAUUGUAAUUGAAUGACAUCAGACUCGAAUUUUGAAGGUUUAUUGUCCUAAACGAUCUGUUUGAAGCUGCCUACAGAGAAAUCUAGUUGAACUAGUUUCCGAAACUCUAGUGUAAUUGGGCUUGCAAUAGACUAACAGUAUUUUUGGAUUUUGUUUUACCCAGCAGUUGGACGAACGGAUUGACGGACAAAUAGAGAUAAAUAGAGAGAAUGCGUGCUUUGAACCAAAUUCGUAACCAAACUUGUUUGUUAUAUAAUUUUUAUGGCAUUUUGUACAGUUAACUUUUUUAAUUUUAUUUUUUCUUUAUAUAUAGAUGUCCUAACAUACGCUUUACAUAAUGACAUUAUGACUUUAUGUUUUACCUUAUUUUUGUUACAUUUUUUUUUUGAAAAAUGUUUGGUUAUUGUAAAAGUCAGAAGGCGUUCCAAUUGAGUUUAUAAA